CCCACCCACCUCCGCCCCAAGCCCUAGAUGUCCGCCUCCCCUCCCGCUCCCUGUGCCUCCUCCUCCCCCCGCCGCGCCGCCGCCGCCCCUGCAGGCCACCGAUCCGCUCAGAUCUCGCGCGAAUCGGCGCCCCAGCGGCCCCCUGCGGCCCGAUUCGGCGGCCGCGCGGCCAGGAACGGCGCCGGUUCGGGGCUUUUUUUGGCGGUGAGGUGGUGUGCGAUUUCUGGCGGGUUCGGCCUUUCCGGGCCCCGUGGAUGGAUGCGGUGGAGCUGCCGCUGCCAGCGAAGGUGGAUUUCGGGAAGAUUUUGACGCCGGCAGCGGCGGUGGAGGGGGUGGACGGGGGCGUCGUCGGAGGUGGCGGCGGAGGCGGGGGUGGGGAGGUUCUGAUGCGCUGCGCGGACGCGGAUCGACGGCACGGUGGUGAUGUGAAGCAGCUCAACCAGAAUGCAGAAAGCUAUCCAUCUUAUAAAAGUAAAAGGACUUCUUUGGAGGUCUCUAUGCACAAAUCUCUUGGUCUUGGCUUCAAGUCUGAAAAUAAUGGCAAACGGGAUUAUCUUGGAAAUGAUACUGUUCUAUCCUUGCAUAAGCAAGAUAGCAAGAUAAUGACCAAAAAAACCAUAAAGUUGUUGGACGGUCCAUCUUGUUCAAAAAGGCCAAAACUUGAGCCAGUACAAACUACUAGAGAUGCUGAAGAUAAGGGACAUGACUUCAUGUCACAGAAGAAUGUGCCUGAAUUGAUGCAGUGCACACCAUCUGAAAAAUCUCGGUUGCUCAAGCAGAAGCGCAUUUCUGAUGCAAAGAGAAUUGAUAAGAAGAAUGUUAGGUCUGGUGUCAGAUCUAAAUAUGAUUGUUUCUCAUCAAAGGCUGGUUUAGCAAAUUUUGAUUCUGGUUUCUUGGGAAACAACGUGCUUGGGGCACAUGGCCUUAAAUCUGAUAUCUGUGACAUCACAAAUCACAUUGAAAACCUCUCAUUGAGCGAACUUCUCAGUGGCACUUAUAAGUAUUCCAGUUUAGGAAGAGAAAAAGGAAAGAAGGUAUUGCGCACGAAAGAUGAACUCCUAGUCUCUGUCAGAAAAGCCUUUUCCAUGCUUUCUGGUAUGGACGGUUACUGUGGAAAGGAUGCUAAUUUCAUGCUGAGCCCUAAGCUUCCUUCAGCAAGCAUAUCUAGCUGUGAAGUCAAGGAGCAAUCUGGUGACAAGCCAUCCUCCUUGAUUAAGGACUCUUCACAAAUCAACAUCUGCGAUACUGCACUUUGUUGUCCAAAAGAUAUGCUGAGGCGUUUAACACUUCCACAAGGACAAGAUCUGGACUCUCUCUUAUCACCUGUAAGUGAGAGCUCAGCUGCAGUUAAGCCUCAUAUGCCUUCCAUGACAGUUCAUGGAGCUAGUUUGCCGCCAUAUCCUUGGUCACACUCACAGACUGGGGGUUACCGACCAAGUGUUGACUGUGGUAAACAUGGGUCAAGUAGAAGUAACUCCCAGUGGCAAUGGGUGAGAGUUGGAUCCAAUCUCACUCCUCUAGAUUAUGAAGAUAAGUCUGUCCAUAAAAUUGAUGAUCUUCUACAAGAGAUGGAUGCAGCAAAAUUAUCUAUCAUGGAUUCGUGUGACGUACCGUAUAAUUUAUGUGGCACAGAAUCAACUUCCGGAUCACUUGUACAAAAUAUUCACUCAAGAAAAAAUGCAAGCGAGCAUGGUUCUCAGCAACUGCAACCCCUGGACCAUGGUGACUCUUCAGAUGGUUUCCAGAAGCAUGACAGUGAGCAUUCUCUUUUGAAAACAUCUCAAGCAUCACCUAUACUGCAUGCUGCUGAAACCUUAUGUGAUAUGAGAAGAAGCACUGAAUCAUGGAGUGCACAAGGCUACAGCAAUGGGGCAAUUAAGUGGCCAAAAUCACCAUCUGAAAAGGUGAUGAAGGCCCGCAAGCCCUCAUCCCCAUUUGGUACAGCCGAGAGCUCUUCAGGUUCUCAUAAUAGUGAUGCAACUCGGAAUGGAAACAAUCACUCUACUAAGAAAAUAGUUGACAGGAAGAAUGAUUCUGCGCGCUUGAAUAACCCUGGUAAGGGGCCUAUAAGGUGGCCUGUUCCUAUUGAAGACACUACAUAUCCUGUCAGGCCCGAGAGGGGAUCAAUGCUUGAUAUGAGGCAACCCCAUGGCAAUGGGGGAAGGCAUCCGGUCCAGGUGUCAUCACAGGCACGGCUUGAAAAGGAGUAUGAGAACCAACAGAAGAUGAGGAAAGCAACGUUGGCCUCUUCUCUAGGAUCUGCAGGAGAUUGGAAUAGGGAGAGGAACAGGAGAAUGUGAAUUGUACAUUAUUCAUGUUGAAAUCAUAGGCUGCGGUAUAUUGUCUGGGACAGCGUAACCAGGCAACUGUUUCAUAAGAGGUCACAGCACAUUGGGAGAUGUGAUAAUUUAGGUGGCGGGUGAUGUAUCUAUUGUGCAUUUGUUGGUGUAACUGUUGUAACAAGUGUAAUUUUCUUUUUAUUACCGUCAUAUCACGGGUCUCUCACUGUCUCACCUUCUGCUGUGUAUUACUAGUGUCUCUCCACCUACUAUCGAUGAAAGUAAUAACAGGAUGCCCGAUAAUUGCAUUAGGGGGCAAUACUCGAGAGUACUUCGCAUCUUUGCCCAAUUAGAUGGUUGGAAGCUCAAUACCAUUUGUGGGCAUAGUCAUGUUCAAUCAUCAUCUCAGUUAUGUUUAAA